AUGGAUCGUGCAGCAAAUAGUUCUUCCGAUGACGACGAUAGUUCCUCUGAGAACAGGCAUGUAGAUGACCCGGUUCGUGAGGCUGCUGCUUCAGAUCACCCUAGUAGUUCAUCCUCUGGGGAAGCGCGUGAUGAUGACACGGUUAUUAUUACUAUAAGAACACUCAAUGAUGGAAACGGUGCUGACAUUGAUGAGAUUUACGAAUAUAUCCAGGAUAAUUACCCUGUAGCGCAAUGUGACAGACACCUGUUGGAAGUCGAGCUGAACGAACGUGUUCAUCACAACGAACUAGAGAUGGUAGAUGGUAUCCGCUACAAAAUCGUCCAUGUUACUUCAGAAAACACACAUGAGACAACAGAGACCGAGUCAGAAGAACCUGUUGCAGUGCCUGCAGAUCCUCCAAAUACUUCUUCAGAUCUCCCUAGUAGUUCCUCCUCUGGAUUCUUUCUCUCUCUUUUCAGGGAAAGGGAAAGGAAAAGGUUUGAUGGCAAGGUUCUUAAGGCUAUAAGAACACUCAAUGAUGGAAACGGUGCUGACAUUGAUGAGAUUUGCGAUUAUCUCCUGGGGAGUUAUAAUCUAGGGCCAGAACUUAGGAAGCUGGUGGAAGAGUACCUGGGCUUGGGUGUUUCUGACAACCAACUAGAGAUGGUAGAGAACCGCUACAAAAUCGUCCAUGUUACUUCAGAAAAUACACGUGAGACAAGAGAGACCGAGUCAAAAUCAGUUUCAGACUCUGAUGAUCAGAAAGUUCCUGCUACUAGUUCCUCAGAUUACGCUUUACCCUAUGGGGAUAUGCCUGAGGCCAUGGUUACUGAGGCUAUAUCAACAAUGGAUUAUGGAAUCGGUGUUAAUAUUGACGAGAUUUACGAAUAUAUCGAGAAUAGGUACAAAAUACCGACAGAUUACAUGAAGAUAUUGGAAGACGAGCUGAACAAACGUGUUUCUGAAAACGAACUAGAGAAGGGAGAAUACGGCUACAAGAUCCUGGAUGUUACUUCAGAUAAUAUGGAUGAGGCCCAGUCACAAGCUGUUGCAGUGGCUGAUCAGAAUGAUCCUGCAAAGAGUUCUUCUUCUUCAGAUGCCACUACUUCCUCUGGGAAUACGCCUUAUUAUGACCCUGUUAUUGACGCUAUAUCAACAAUCAAUGAUGGAAAUGGUGUUGAUAUUGAAGGAAUUUACCAGUUUAUCCAGGUUAAUAGGAAGGAAAGGUUUAAAAGGAAUGUUGUACGGCCAAAUCAUAGGCAGCUGUUGGAAGAAGGGCUGCAAAAACGUGUUUCUCAAUGCAUACUAGAGAAGGUAGAAACCCACUACAAGAUCCUCGAUAUUACUCCUGAAAAACUAGAUGAGAUAAAUGAGGCCGCAGCAAAAGCAGUUGCAGUGUCUGAUCGGAAAGAUGUAGAAGCGAAAGAGGCAUACGAAGCUGCAGAUAGGGCCAAAAAGGUGUUGGAAGAAAACGAACUAGUCUUGCAGGCGGCCAAAGAAGCUCUUGACCGAUGUACCAAAGGCGACUAGCUAGGUUUCCCUGCCUGCCCUAAAAGCUCUACCUUCUGGUCUGGUUCAAUGUAGACGUAUUGGAGGACUGGUUCUUUGAUAGUUUGGGUUUUGAGUUGCAUAUAUGUGAUUUAAUUGACUAAAACUUUGUCACUUUCUGUUUAGCUUUUGAGGUUAAACGUUUCUGGUUGUAUAUAACUAAAGUUUCAGAGAAUGUGGCGGUGGGGUGGGUAGCUUUAUAUGAACGAAUCACUUUCAAGGAAAUCAGUUCAGCUUGUGGUAUACUCAUGAUGCAACGCUUUUACAAACGCAAGUUCUCCGUACCGUUAACAUUUGACUCAAAGCAUGAAAUAUCCUUAGCUCUUCACCAAUGCUGCUGCAUUACCUUCUCUUCAGAGGUUUUCGAUAUUUCGAUUAGCACCAGGUUUUGUAGAAUGUGAAGCCUUUCAGAGUCAGAUUACAACAGCUUUUAUUGCAGCAGAUGCAGUCAAAGAAGCGAGGAGAAGAAGUUGAGAAAGCUUACACUUAGAUUCCCAGCUAAAAGCUCUCGUAUACAACGAGAAUAAGAAACAGUAGCAGCAGACAUCGGAGCUCCGCACAAUCGGCGACGCAGUCACUGGGUCAAAUGUAAUAUACGAUAAAAGAUUUGAUCUUUCCACUUGU